GACAAAAAUUUGUUGGGUUGUGUUGAUACAAAAACGUCUCGUUUGUUGCUGUUGUUGUUUACCAAACCACGAUGGCCCGUCUUGUGGUAGUUUUGAUGGCAGUUCUUGCUACUGGCAGUCUCUUUGUCAAUGCCUUUCCAAGGAACAAAUCCAUUUCUCCUCCCUCGUCCAAAUUUUCCCGCAAGCGAGUAAUCCUUCAAGAGCAACAGCUGGAACACGAAGAAAAUCAUAAAGAAGCUGCCCAAAGGCAACAAGAGACUAUGUCAAGUACCAACAGGAAGAAGAAACGAAUAUCUCCAUCCUUGCUGGUCAAAAUUGAUGCUCUGAUAGGUCUAGUGUACAGUUCCUUGUACAUUAUCUUUCCCACAGGUUUCAGUGGUCCAAGCAAUUUGGUUACAGCUCUACUGAUUGUAGCUCAUUUGUUGGUGUUUCUGUGAAGACAUCCAUAUUAUCUUCUGCAUUAUCAAACCAAGCUAAGUAGUCUAGAUAACUGUCUACGUACAUGUAGCAGAAUAGAGAUUGGUUGGUACAGUUGCAUUGUCCUCUAUGUGCAU